AUGGAUAUUUGGCAUUCUGGGACACAAACAGUGGUGGGUAUGAAAUACAGCUCCAACAGUGUCCACCACGGUGGAAAGCGAAGCGAGAAAUAAGACACACAGCUGGAGACCAAAACAAACAGCAUCGCUUUACACGACUUCUGUGCGCAGAUUUUGACCGGAGCGGGCAACGGCAAACCUGAGGUCUGUUUCAGAACAUUGACUUCACGAUGGACAGGGGGAUUUUGUUAUCCAUGCAGCCUGCUAGCUAGAGCCGAGAGUAAGUUAGCGAAGACUGAUGCUACUGUUAGCUGGAUGAAGAGAUCAGGGCUUGAGCUGAAGUCUUAAAAGUAGAACCCCAUCGCCUUCUUACCUUAAAGCCGUUCACGGGUAAUGGUUGAGUCGUUUGACCAUUGACCCUCACACUUUCUUCUCAGUUCGUACUUCUCUUAUUUACCAUCAUUCUAUCAUUAAAUAGAGAAUAAAGUGUAUAUAAUUCGCAAUGACAACGGGGAAUAAGGCGUGCAUCGCAGAAUGUCUUUAUGAAAAUGGCAUUCAUAAUUCAUUCAGCUGGAAGGGUUCACAGCUCGUUUACCCGAGAUAAAAGUGACCUAUCGUAACGCCCACACAGAUGUAGGGGACUGGUCUCUGGUUCAUCACAGACCCAUUACAAAGCGAUGGCCUACGAGUGAAGCCAUCUGCUCAUAACACUUCAACUUGCUUGGAACGAGAUAGAAUGUCCCACUGGACUGCUUGAGCCACAUCUGUCUGCAUCGCAUACGGGUCGUCUGAGCUCGUCCCCAAACCCAAUCCGCGGGGGCCAAUAUGUGGUUGGCAGGGUCCACAACCCUGCAUCUGGGCACCAAGCUCGUCAAACAUGCCGUAGGCAAAGCUCAGAUACAGAUUAACCGCUGGCUCCAGAGGUCUGCUACCGACGAGUGUGACAAAAUUGACAUAUUGAUAUGCAGCGCCUUCGAGGAGAGAACAGCGGGCAAUGGGAAGUCCGAAGCCGGGGACUCUGAAGUUAACAUUGGCGAUGGCGUGUCUUUCCCCGGCGUCGGGGAGUCUCGUCAUCCGUGCUGCAUCACCGCCUGCUGCUUCAAGAGCGCCGUGCUUGCGUGCAUCCUUACGGCAAUGUGUUUCUCUUCCGUGGCCCUGGUGCGGCAGUAUCUCAAGGAUCUGCUGCUUUGGGUGGAGGGAUUGGACAGCGCCGUGGGAGCCUUGCUGUUCAUCGUCGGAUUGAUCCUCGUGUCGUUCCCCUGUAGCUGGGGGUAUAUUGUACUUAACGUGGCAGCGGGGUACCUGUACGGAUUUGUGCUGGGCUUGGGACUCGUCAUGGUGGGUGUGUUGAUCGGGACCUUCGUGGCGCACAUUGUGUGCAAGCGGCUGUUGACCGAGUGGGUGCUGAACAAGAUCGGGAACAGCGAGCAGCUGAGCGCUGUCAUACGAGUGGUGGAGGGAGGGAGCGGACUCAAAGUUGUGGCCUUAUCAAGAUUGACACCCAUACCGUUUGGGCUCCAAAAUGCAGUUUUUUCGAUCACAGACGUGUCCUUGCCAAACUACCUGGUGGCGUCCUCGGCGGGCCUGCUGCCCACCCAGGUGCUCAACUCCUACCUGGGCACCACCCUGCGCACCAUGGAGGACGUCAUCGCCGAGCAGCGGGUCAGCGGCUACCUGGUGUUCAGCCUGCAGAUCGUCAUCAGCAUCGGCCUGAUGUUCUACGUGGUGCACCGCGCCCAGCUGGAGCUCAACGCCGCCAUCGCCGCCUGCCAGAUGGAGCUCAAGAGCUCGCGCAUGAACGGCACCUCCGCCAACCACGGCGGCUUCAGCUACUGCAGCAAGCGGGCGGCCGCUAUGGCCAACAGCGGGAACUGCGUCAACGUGGUCUGAGAGGACACGUUCCCCCCCCCCCCCAGCC